CUAUAGCUUAGUCGGUUCACGCCUCGCCCACGCCCUCGCCCACCACAAACAUCCCAUAAAGAUGUCCACACACCUCCCGAUUCGGUCACUGCGGCCAGCCCGCCACCAACCCAUCCUUCGAUUCCCCGCCGCCCGCCCAUUUUCCUCCGCAAUCGCACGCCAAAGACAAGUUCCAGAUGCCGCAGGGCUUAAAUCGCACGCACGGAAUCGGCAGGACAAGGCGCCGCAGGUGUUCCAGGCAGAGGCCAUGCGGGGCCAGGACUCCAUGAUGGACGAUCUGGGACUGUUUGCCGGAACCUUCAUUCGAGGCACGCCUCCAAGCCUAGCACCCUCGAAGUUUUCAUCGCCCGCUGCCUGGCGGCAAGCGCUCAGGACACGAGCUGGAUACGAGUGGAAGUAUUUGAAGACAAGGUUUCAGGACAGAGUAGGUCGUUUAUAUUAUUUCUUCGGAUUGACAAACUGGCGCUGGAGGGAGAGGCCGCGUUUCAAGUCAAAGAUUGCCCGGGCCGCGGCUGUCAGUCUGCAUCAGAGGAUGUACAAGGCCUUCGCAAAGAACGAUGAGGCCGCCCUCAAGAACGUCUGCAUCUCCGGGAUCUACGAACAAUUGACCCAGCGCAUCGCCGCCCGACCCGAGGACAUGAAGAUGACCUGGGAGCUCGUGUCCGCGGACAAGCGCCCCAGGGUGGUCUCCCACAAAGCGACCAAGUUGCCCAUCCCGGGCGAGGAAGACGACAAGACCGCACCGACCGCACUCCGACAGGUGGUGUACCGACUCAAGACCAGACAACGCCUCACCAUCACACGACGGGACUCCGCCGCCUCGAGCCAGCCGAAGUCAGCGAAGGGGAGGAGCCCGAAGUGGUCGCCCGACGGACACAAGAUCCAGGAGAAGAAGGCCGAGCCGCUCGUCGACGUUCACGAGAAGGACGUCAUCGAGUACGUUGUCCUGCAGCAACGCAUGUUGAGGGGAAAGAUGGAGGGCUGGAAAGUCUGGGGUUUUGCUUCUCCGACAACGUUGGAGAAGAUUGAGAAGGAUAGGAAGUAUCAGGACGACACUGAAGCAUAUCAAGCAGCGAACCCGGGAAUGAUAUAGAUCCAGGAAGAAAGCCCUCGAAACGUGGGAUGUGUAGAAUCGGAAUUUGGGCGUGUAACCUGUAGGACUAUGGGAGUGUAGGCCCUCCCAACAUUGUAUAAAUCAUUGACAACACGAUGCUCAACUUUCUUCAUUCUUUUGAAUCACAGAGGCUAAUAGUCGAGCAAGUUAUUCACCUGUAGGACUAUAGGAGUGUAGGC